AUGGGCCCUUUAGAAGGCCGACGGUCAGAAAGGCUGGAUGCCGACACUGGGUCGCCUGCUGUCGACUAUAGCCGAGAAGUAGACGACUUCUGCGAGCUCGUCGAUUGCAUGCGGCAAGGCAUGUCUGCCGUACGAGAAGCAGUUAAGGCAAUAAAGGAAAAGUAUGUAUACUACAUCGACAUUGACACCAAGGACGGAAUCUCCUUACUUUCCCUGAAACAUCACCUCAUGCUGUCCUACCUCCAAUCACUGGUUCUGGUUUGCUCUCGGCGUGCUGCUGGUCAUGCUUUGACAGAGAGAUCACCACCGUCCCAGUCCUUCAGUGCCCCCGACCGACCUGCCCGCGGCCCCGGCGCAGGAGACAGAGUCGAUUCAAUGAUCGAGGCUAGAGUUGUGCUGGAGAAGGUCAAGGUUCUGGAAGGCAGAAUGAAGUAUCAGAUUGAUAAGCUCGUGCGAGUCGCAGAGGAAGCCCCGUCUGCGAGCCAGAACGUUGUCAAUGAUCCUCUUGCAUUCAAGCCGAACCCGCAAGCCCUUAUGGACCAGGGGUCUGGCUCAGAGGAUGAAGAAAGGGAGGAAGAGGACACUCGCGGACGAGACGGGAUCUACCGCCCUCCAAAGCUGGCACCCAUGCCCUAUACUGAGCCUCGCAGGAACAAGGACAAGUCCCGCCGGGUGCCAGUCCCAACUGCGCUUUCCACUCUUGCGCGUCUCGAUCCUACAAAACCGUUCGUGGAGUCUACUUCCGGCCUUGGCUCCACGCCUGGCAUCGUGUCCGGGCGGGCGCGCGAGCUGCAGCGCAUAACCGAGUUCGAGGAGGAGAACAUGACGCGACUGAUCAUGAAGAAACGCGACGCGAAGCGGCGGAAACAGGACGAGGCGGACAUUGCGCUUGGAGGGACUGCCGCUGCGUCGGGCCGUCGUGGGCGCGGAGGAGGUUUCGAGGACGAGUUUGGCGAUAUCCUCAGGUCGGUUGGGAGAUCGCGCGGCGGGGUCGUCGGUGAUGGCUAUGAAGAGUUGCGACAGAGGGGUAAGAAAGAGAGCGUGUUGGCGAGAUCGAGGGCGAGGGGCGCGGAGGAUGCAUUUGAGGACUUGGGUGACGACGGGCCGAAGCCAAGGAAGAGGAGCAGGUUCGCGAGGGACGUAAAGGCGGCAAAGAGACACUCGACAAACCGCAGGUGA